AUGAGCUUCGAUAAACUUAUGCUGAAUCGACCAAAUUAUACGGCAAGAAAAUUAUUAUAACCCUUCUUUGCAUCAUCCAGACCUCAGAAUUUCGUACACACUCCUACUAUGAAUAAAACUGAAAAUAAGGAUAGACCAUAAAAUUUUAUAGAAACUUAAAGAAAGACUUUUCAUUAAAAAAAUGAUUCCAAUAAAUCUUAAUCUAUUAGCAUCAAAAAAUAAAGGGUUCAAGAUGCCUAUAACACAUUAUCCGAUUUCAAUGAUAAAAAAUAAAUCAUAGCAUCUCUAAAGACUCUGAACUCUGCCGAUGAGAGGUUCAUCAUUUCUAAUAAAUUAGAAUACAAUUGAUCGACAAAAUAUUAGAGAGAAAAGAUGAAAUGAUGAUUGCACAAUUAAAAUUAAAAGCAGUCAAAUUAGAACCCAUCUUCAAUGUUAUCAGAAGGAAGUUGCGAAAACAACGUUUAGGAAGUGCUACUCCCAAUUAAUCAAAGAAAGGAACCAUCAUUCUGCGCCAGAAAACUUCAGAAGACCUACCUCAAACCAUGCCCGAUCAAACCAGAGACAGCAAGGAGAAAUAGGACCACAGUCUCAACCAAUAAGAAACCAUCAUUGAAGAUUAGAUCAUUGAAAAAUUAUAGACCAAAUUCACUGCAGGAGUAGCAUUCUCAUGGCUUGCAAAUCGACAUGACAACAAACAAGGUAUUAUUAAAAUUACUACCAGUUUUAAGUCCAAUUAGAUCCUGAUCCCACUGAACGGCAAUACUUGAGGAGAUCAACUGCCUUGCAACACGGAAAAAACACCAUGAAUAGGCUUAAACAAUAGGUAUCAAAAAAAGUAAGUGAAAACUCGGAAGAACUAAUUAGAAGAGGUAACUUUAAUACAGAACAGAAAAAAGAGAAAUACGAUCUGAGUAAAAUCAAAGCCAAAGUCGAUUCGGGAUUAAAUAAACCUUAGCAGUCUUCGUUACCUAAGAUUAACAUUAUAAAACGGUAAGAAACUCUGGGAUAUAUAACAUCUGAGAGGAAGGAAAUUUCUACACUUGGAGAAAUCUAAACAUUGAGAAGUGACAAUAAAUUAAGAUUCUAAAAACUCUGA